UGCUGGCGCUGGUGGCGAAAUUGACAACAAGAUUGAGCAGGCCAUGGACUUGGUGAAAAGUCAUUUAUUGUAUGCUGUCCGUGAAGAAAUGUUAGAAUUGAAAGAGAAAAUCAAACUACUCACUGAAGAAAAUAACAAAUUAAAGAGAGAAAAUAAUGCACUAAGGCAAACACAACAGACACAGGUCCACCAACACACGCAUGCGACAUCAACACAAGUGAAACAUCAUAGUCCAGCGAGAUCAGAACAGCAGCAACAGUACACAGAGGUCUCAAACCAAGCAUCAAAACAGAUUGUACAGCAGUCAACAACAAUCCAUCAAUCACAGAUGGGCCUACAACAAGGUGCAAUGCACACGUCAUUGGUGACCCAGCAAACCCAGCAACUAUCAAAGCAGAUGCAAACGCCAUAUCCAAUGAAUCCGCAAAUACCGCAACAGCAGAACCAAUUACCGCAGAUCACGCCCGAUCAACCUACGUACAACCAGUACCAGUCAGUUCCGAGGCAAGAUUCAGCCGGUUUCCAAGUUGCGCAGGGAACAAGUAAUCUUAGGCAGGAUGCAUCGUCAUCCAAUCAGCUCCAACAGCGACAAGACCAGAUGCAUUACCAACAAGUAACGCAACAACAGACUCAGCAAGCCCACAAACCAUGAACUUUGAAAAGAAUAUAUCAAUCUACAGGCAAUGGUGCUCUCUUUUUGCUAAACCCAUAGACAUUACCCCGAACAAUACGAUAAAGGGAUGGGGAAUGAUGCCCUUAAUAAGCAUCUGUGAGGCGAUAUAUUUUCAAUUAAAUGCUUUUCUUGUGGGAAGGUAACAACCGUAGGAGACUAACUGACAUAGAUUUAUAAACAUUGCUUCUAUAUGCAUCUAUGCUCCUUCAGAUGCAAAGAAUAAUGCCAGCUUUUCCUUGUUAUCUGACAAGAAUUUUUGUCUUCUAUGAUGAUCUGCUACUGCUUAGGACUUUUUGCAUUUAGCUUUAUGCAUUUCAAACGUUUCUAUUUAAAUUACAGGGAGAAAAUAUGCGGCGGACUGUGGCAGUUAUUAACAAAAAAUUUACAGAAAUGCAGUAAAUAUUAAAAAUACAUCGGUUUAUAUUACCAUUUUGCACUUUUUAUGGGAAAGAAUAUCACG